ACAACAAAAACGGAAGAAUGUCACCAAAAAUGAAAAUUAAAAUCGAAAAGGGACCUCGCGAAGGAGAAACCCUAGAAUACGAUCCAACUUCAGUUAUCAAAAUUGGGCGAGUAGCUCGCGGCAAUACCAUCGCAAUUAGAGAUGCAGGUAUUUCGUCUAAACAUUUAUGCAUUCAAUUUGAUAAACAUUUACAAAAAUGGACUUUAAUUGAUAUCGGUUCAUCAAAUGGUACUGUAUUAAAUGGAAUAGAUCUUAAGCCGAAUGAGUCGUAUAGUCUUAGUGAUGGCGAUUGUGUUAAGAUAGGUGAUUUGACUUGUAUGAUUGUUAAGAUUGGGACUGAGAUUGAAGUUGUAGGUCCGUCUGAUAGACGGAAUGGUCAGGGUGUUGCUGUUGUUGAGAGUGAGUUAGGGUUUAAUGGGGGGAAAGCGGUGGGAACACAGAUGCGGAAUUUGCGUGGCAGAGGUAAAAAAGUGGCGGCGGCGGUGGAGGUUGAGGUUGUGCAGAAGAGAGUUUUGCGUGGUAGAGGAAAGAAAAGUGUGGCUAUGGAGAGAAAGAAGGCGGUGGUGGAGGAGGAGGAGGAUCUACAGAAGCGAGAAUUACGUGGUAGAGGUAAGAAAGAUGUGGAGGUGAAGAUUGGGGUGGAAAAUUUGGGUUGUAAGAGGGUGCUCAGGAGUUCGAAAAUGGGAGAGAAUGUGAAUGUAGAUGUGAAAGAAAUGGGUGAGAAUGUUUCUGUAUUGGUGGAAUCGAAGAAGACAAGAGGAGGGAGGAAGAUUUUGCCGGUGAAAGGUGUUGAGGGAUCUGAGUUAGAUAGAGGUAAGCUAGAUGAAAAUGGAGUUUCGGUAGAAGUUAAAAGAACGGGGAGAGGGAGAGGGAGACCAAGGAAGAUGAUGAAGGUGGAGUCUUUGGAAGAGAACGAUGCUAUAGAAUCUGUUCAAGUUGGUGAAGGAAACGAGGGUGAUUCUGAUCAAGGUAAAGUUGAUUUGUUGAAGAAGGUUGAAAAUCUCAGUUUGGUGGAGAAUCUAGACGUAAACAACGAAUCUGCUCAAGAUCUUUUGGUGGAGAAAUUGGAUACCAGCAACGAAUGUGUUCAAGAUGACUUGGCGGAGAAAUUGGCGCUUACGCAGGAUGAUUGUGAGGAAGAGGAAACAGCCACUAUGAACAAGCGAUUGAAAAUGAUAGAGAAUGGCAUACCAAAUACCACCAGAAAAUAUAAAGAGGAAACGUUGGUGAAGCCUAGUACAUGGGAAACGAUAUUCGAGAGAGCUAUGAAAAGUGGUGCUGCCAAACCUUCAUCAUGACUUGGAUGGUUGUAAUUAUAUCGUCUUCAUACGUGUUCACGCAGGAGUCCAGCCCAAAACACCCUUCACGUCGGUAUCACCUUUAUCGUUGGAGACAGCCUAAUGAUUCUAAAUAUAUAUUCUUCCAGGACUUGUAAACUGCUGUUGGUAAUCAGCCAUAUAUAAAAAGGUACAGUUUAUACAACCUCUGAAUUACCAACAAUAUGCUCUUUCCAAACUCCAAAAUACCCUGAGUAACGCAGCAUCUAAUACAAACUGCAACCAAGUAAUGUCUUCUAAGUUCAAAAGCCAUAUCUGUGAUUGCAAUUGCAAAAGCAACAACUCUGAUGGUCUAGGUUACUUUUGAAUACACGCGUUUCUGCUUAUCUUAUAUUUCAGAUGUGAAAUGUAACUGACAUAGUAUUUUUGCAAGUUAUAAACCAUUUUGUAACUUAAU